UUCAUGUUAUUUAAUUACAAAACAUUUCAGACAGUUCUUCAGGACUUGGUUUCUCUUUAAAAAAUGAGAAUAGUUUUUUUUUAAACAAUUGUGCUAGUAUUGGAGCACACCAAUUUAUUUUUUAAGGACUGAAAUUCUAUCUCUCCUGACAGCCAUCAUAUGCUUAAUGAAGACAAGUCAGACCCACAUUUGAAUUCGAAUCCAACAUGACCAUGCUCUGUAGGUUCCACACUCAUCAGCGCACUGCUCCACUUUCUGCCAUUAAUAAAACCUUAGCACUUCUCAUUCCUUUGUGCUCAUCAUAUUCAUAUAAUUCUUCUUCUACUUUCAAGUUCUGCAUACGAGCUGAGAUUCUUAGCCUUCUUCGCCUUUGUUGUUCUUCUUCAUUCCUUCAAAACUGGAUCUUCUGUAGUAAAGCUUCAGGCUUUCUUUUCUCCGACUUAAUUUGUUGUUUUAUGGAUAGAAGUUCAGUGAUCAAAGUAUAAUUAAGGGAGGAAAAAAAUUACCACUGGAAGUAAAGAAGAAGAAGAAGAAGAGAUUCUAGCUGAUCAGAAAGAUACAAAACUUUUACUUUUUUAAAGGUUUUUGUUGAGUUUUGUUAAUCUGUAACGCUAAAUGGUUAUUUCAAAAACAACUUUUUAAAUUUAAUCCUGAAGAUUGCAUCAUCGCUUUGGCACUAGUUUUGUCUUUUAAGGUGGGAAUAUUUAAUUUGAGAAAAAAAAAUGUCAACGAAGUUUUCCUAUUGGUUGAGGAAUGAAGAUAAAUCGUCAAAGAAAUCAGCUGGUUGUCUGACUGGCAUCUUUCAAUUAUUUGAUCGCCAGUUUCUACUCAGCUCAGAAAAAUUGAAUGGGCAAUACCUCAGGAAGAGUCCUUCAGCUGAUGCAAUAAUAAGCCUCUGUGAGGAGGGAGCUGACUACCCAGAAUUCUGCAAAUUGGAGCAGAAUCCAAGCAGGAGUUAUCAAGAAAACUCGAGGUCUUCCAUGGAAUUAUCAACAAGAACCUCUGUUUCUUCUUCAUCCACAUCAUGUUCUUCACGCAAGCACAGAUUACCAAAACAAGAACCAAAAUCCUCCGAGCACUCAUUUUCUUCUGUAAAAUCACCAAAGAAUUCAGCAAAGCCAAGGAGCACAGAUAUCAAUCAAUCCCCUGGCUUCAGAGAGAGCAUCAAAGAAUCUGCACGCAAAGAUCUAAAAAAUGUGUCAAUCAAAGAAAAGACGAAGGUGGAGAACAAAAGAAACAAAGUCCUGAAACCAGUGGACUCUCCAAGACCUACUGAUCUGUCAAAAAUGAAAGAGCUUGAAGAAUCACUUGAGAUUUUGAUCAAACUUAGAGAAUUCCCUAAUAAUUUCAAUGGAGUAGGCAGCUCACCACGGUUUUCAUCUGAUGGAAGGAUAUCCACGUGUAUCAAAAGAGCAGCUACACAGAAAGAACAGAAGAGAUUCUCUUUGGACAGCAUGGAAGAUUCGCUGAGGCGUGACUUCAAUUCCAAAGUCAACUCAUUUAUGAUGGAAUUAAAGAUGAAAACCAAUUCUAGAAUAUCUGAAGCCUCAAAUCCUAAUCAAAACCUUAGAAGCAAUGAAAAUAACACCAGUAUUGUUGCAAAGCUUAUGGGAUUGGAGCCAAUUGAUUCUGCAAGAGAAAGUUCUGUUAAAGUUCAUGAACCAGUCAGGAGCCAAUGGAAAGAGGAAAACAAACAUGGCAAGUCCCCCAAGUCUCGCAUUAGUAUCAACCCCCAUAUGAAAUCCAAUUCCAAUUCAAGAUUAGUUGUUGAAGAGACUCAGCAGAAUAUGGCAUUUGAAGGCAAUAUGAAGCAGAAAAUUGAAUCAGUUUAUAAUGCGAUAGAGAACAAGUUGCAGAAGCUUGAGUUCCAACAUAACAGCAAGGAAACAAGAGAUCUCAGACGUGCUGUAUUAGAAAGAAAGAAUUCAGCGAAAAGCUUGAGGCCAACCAAUAAGUCAGAAAGAGCAAUUAUUUCAGAACGAGCUUUAAAGUCUCCAUUUUUCGGUAUGAAACCUGAAAGCAAGUCAGCUGGUAUUUCUUCCUCCCCAUGUGCUAAAUUUGAAGGGCCAUCAGGUCUUAGAAAGAUUAAAACAUGUGAUCUGAGUACAAAAAAGAAGGAUUCUUUGAUUACAGAUGAAGAACAAACUCCAAAAAGAAAGACUGCUAAGAGCUUGAAUUCCUUGGCCAAAGAAACCAUUAAAAGAGAAGAAGAUAACUUCAGAAGUCCAAGGUUGCAGAAGAGAGCAAAUUCAUGCCAUGAGAGGAAAUACUGUGCUCUGAUUACAUCUUAUGAAUUGGAAAAGAACCAAAAACCAUCUGAUAAUCGGCAACAAUCAGAGUCAGUGUCUCCAAGUAGUAGAAUCAAACAGAAAUCAAGCAAGGCACAACUUAAUGAAGUGAAAUCACAUACAUUUCACGAAAUAAAGGGAAAGAGAGCCACCACUGUAGCUUCAGUCUCAGAAUACAAGCAACAUCAAAUAUUACCAAAAAAAGUUGUUUCUGUGGAAGAGCUUGAGAAGAUAGAUCCUCAAUUAUCAAGCCCAAACUCUGUGCUUGGUGCAUUGCCAUACCAGGAUGGCCUGCUUCUUUCCCCUUCAUCAAUCUCCAGCAUAUCAAAUGGAGAGGAUGAGAAUCUACCUGCAGACCACAACUUGAAUCCAAUUCAUCUUCCUCAGAAUCUUCCUUCAACCACAAGCUUCGAAAAGGAUUCUCAGAAACAAGAAAACGUAGACGAUGAAGCUCAUAAAUUCAUAUUUCCUGGAACUGCUACUGGAAACAAUAUUGAUCCAGAAUACAAAUAUGUGGCUGAAGUGCUCUUAUCAUCUAGUCUUCUAGCAAAAGACUCGCACAUGGCUGCCAUUCUCAACCAAAUAAAGCUGGUCGAGCCAAUAGAAAAGAGCAAUACGCAGAAACUUCACAAACAGCUGGUUAGUGAUGUGGUGAAUGAGAUUCUAACGAGAAAAAUGGAAGCUUUCAACUCUGGUUGUCAGCAUGAUCAUUUACUUCAACACAAUAAGUUAAGUUUACAGCAAUUUAAAGAACUUUGCUUUGAGGUAAAAGAUCUUCAGGCUUCCAUUGAUACAAGUUCUCAACAGAUGAAUGCAGAAUUCACUAAGGAUUUGCUCCAGCCAUCGAAUGCAUGGGACAGAAGUGGAAGUGAAGUUCAUGUUGUGGUUUCAGACAUUGAAAGCUUGAUUUUUGUUGAUCUGACUGAUGAGGUUGCUUCUAGUUUGAUUGAUCUUGUUCUCCAAACCAAGCGGAGAAAUAGAAGAUGGUUGUUUGUUUGAUUUAGGGUUUCCAUCUAGUUUCUUUUGUUCCUUUUCUAUCCAUUGUGUUUCUCCAUUUUUAAAUUAAUGAAAUCAUUAUCUUCUAUA